AUGGCGCAUCGACCUCCCCUUCCUUACCACGCACCAGCUCUAUCUGCUCCUGCUCAGGCCAUGCCUGCUUAUCCAUCUCCAAGCUCAUCGAACAAACCAGGCCAGUUUGGAACAAGGACCAACCCGAAAUCCAGGACAGCUGCAUCAGAUCUGCUUUGCCGACCGGUCAACGACGGCAGCACCGUGUCCGUAUCUGGGUUGCCAUCCUCUCAAUCCGAGACACAUCUUCGCGGCCUCUUGAGCCGAUUCGGCGCAGUCCUCUACCUUGAAAUACAUCCAGACAGCCACAACCCAGGCAAGUGCAAGGGCACGGCACGGGCACGCUACCAAACAUCCUCUGAAGCUCUCAAUGCCGUGCGUGGUCUGGACGGGGCGACCUUGGCCAACCGCAAGAUCUGUGUCAAGCAAGUCAAGGAUGAUGCUGUGGCCUUGGCCUCGUCGGGGGCUACAAGAUACGAGUCAAAGCGACCGGUUGCAGCCACUCAGGUUAAGAAGCUCUCUGCCUCAAUGCCGGCUCAGCCUCCACGCAAACACAAACCAACCAGGUCCCCCCAUCACACCCGUAGCAAGGCGCAGUCUUCAUCGGCACCACCACUGGUUCCCUCGGCUGAACCGGCGAGCAGAAACAGAGGCAGCACUGGCAGCGGUUCAACCUCUUCUGCCGGCCCGCUCGUCGUCAACGGCGCAACGUACAGCCGGAGACCCAGUCGCGACGAGAGCUCCGCGAGUGAUGAUAGUGGUGAGGAAGACAUGGACGAGCGCGACGAUAAGAGUUCAGAGGAGGACGACGAUGAGAAUGAAGGCCAUGCGCCUGGUGAGUUUGUUCCAACCCCAAGCAAUCUGCCUCUUUUGCAAGAUUACUUUGCCGCAACGGAGGCUGACAAUUGUUGCGUUCUCGCAUAG